CUCGAAUUACAUAAUAGUGGGAGGUAGCUUCAGGUCCAGGUCUGAUUUGAGCUCUGGGCGGAGGCACCCGCGAAGUACCUAGCCUCAGAUGUGAAAAUACCAGAGCUGGAAGCCGGGUCGAUAGGCCAACAUGUCGCUCAUCUCCGACGAAGACUUCCUCUCAGACAGCCGGUCCGAGGAGCUGUCCUCUUCUAACGACGACGAACCGCUACCUCCGCCUCCGCUCCAGCAGAACUACUUUGCUCCUCCGUUCUACGGCCGACCUCCGACGCCACUGCCGCCCUCUCCCUCUCUAACGUCCCUGCUCCGCCCCUCGCGGCCUACCACUCCAGAUGCCUCCGACGACGAGCUCGAGCCGGUGCCGCGCGCAUCCCCCAAGGUGCCCACCUACGAGUACUACGGCUUCGUCCUCUAUCUCUUCUCCUCCUUAACCUUCCUCAUCUACCUCCUCUGGUCAUAUCUACCUUCGCCCUUCCUGCACGCCCUAGGCAUUUAUUACUAUCCCAACCGAUGGUGGGCGCUCGCCAUCCCCUCAUUUCUCGUCAUGCUCAUUGUCUACAUCUACGUCGCCCUCGCCGCCUACAACACCGAGAUCUUGACCCUCCCCAUGACCUCGCUCGAGACCAUCGUCGACGAGGCUGCUCAGGUCGCCACCAUCGACAGCAAAGGCCGGAUACGGCUAGACGCGAACAGGAAACCCAUCUCCGAGGAGAAGGCCAGGCAGCUCGACUGGAAGAACAUCUGGAGUGAAGGCACUGAUGCGGUUAUGGACAUCCCGCUUGCCGGAGUGUGCGAGGUCCUCUACGGCGGCUUAUCAGAUUCGGAUGACGACCGAGACAAAGGCGGCUACGGCUACAACGACGUCGAGCUUGAUACCCAUUGAUUUCUGCAUUGUGCCUGCGUAAAAUUCCAUGGUAGAGGGUAGGGUAGAUAGGUUGUCAGAGAUUGCCUAGCCGUUUUUCAGCGCCGAAAGGAACCUGCCCACUCUCUUCAUCGCCCGGACCUUCCAAUAUGAGCUCGGGACUGCCUCCCGCGAGAGAAUCGGUGCUACUAACGGAGGAUAAGGGG